CAUGCGGGAUGAGUUUCUGUCACAAGGCCAGGAUUCAGAUGCUGGACGAGUACGAACCAUCCAGAUGUCUGCCAUUCCUGACACACUGUACAUGGUAGACGAGGCACAGUAUCCUCAGACUCCCGGACUCCAGGGUUUAACUAGUAGUUCGACUGUGGACAUUAUCGCCGGCACCAUUCCAGUUCCAGACUCUAACACACUGAAGCUGAUGCUGCAACGGGAAGCAGAGCUCCAGAGCAGCAAGUUGUGUCAGCGUGCGUACAGUCUGCCGUUCAGUGACAGACGCGCCAUAAAUUGUCAACUCCAACUCCGGACAGUACGAGAGUUUGGUAUGCCUGACAUCACUAUAGAAAUACUACAGAACAGUCAAAUUUAUUACUCAAACAAUGAGUCACUGCCAGCAUCUCUGCAGCUAAAACACGGACGACGUUAUCACUCGUCCCCGGUUCGGCAGAAGCCCAGUCCACCGCUCAGUCGACACAGUAGUAAGCUAGGGAGUCCCACUAAACCUGUGGUGCCGGUCACUCCCACUCGCAUACAGCCCAGCAGGUCAAAGGAGACCAACACCAGUCCAUGUAGUGACAGUGCCUUAAGUGACAUUAUGCCUGACAUUGCUAUGGCGACAUCCUCCAUGGGACAGGUACGUGUUCACGAAGAGUUUGAGCUGGACAUCGGUGAUGGCAAUAGUCACCACGGUACCAUGUAUAUUUGACAACAUGGAUGAUUACAACAGAUCACCACUGUUCCGAGUAUCUACAAUCACAGCGUCGAUGACAACAGUCUCCAUAACUUCUGUUCUUGAUCACAUCUUUAAUGACUACUAUCGGCAUUUGUUCAAUUUUGUAUUUGCGGCCAUGUUGACCAGUGUAAGUACUGUACGAUGAGUUGUUGAUGUGAAACCUUUAUCAGUUCUGGACUAGCUUCCAAGGCCUGUUACACCCUGGUAGAGAGAGUUUCCAUAUGUGUGUGACAGCAGCUUGUAUCCGUCGUCUAGAACUAGAACUAGACCUCAGAGAUUAAGAUAUAAGAAUACUCUGUGUGUUUAUAUGGCGGCAAAAGAAUAAUCAACAAAAUUUGAUAUAUAGUUUAAAUUAUUUUACAGACAAGCAGACAGGACCUCAAAACAAUGUUACUAAGAAUAUAAAAAACUCUUUAUUUUUUAUAUUUUCUUCGAUAAUAUUUUUUAUAUUUUCUUCGAUAAUUGAAUAUGUAUUCAGGUAAUUGAAAAUCAACACUCCUAGAUAUUAAUAUAAAGGUGUUGAUAUUUCCAUACAUUUUUCAAAAAAUACUUUUAAGACAUACACAUGUACUUUAUUUUCAAUAUUCCUUGUUAAAAAAAAAACAAAAAAA